ACUUAUAAACUCAUAAUUUCACUGCCCCAAUCUCCAUUCCCAUUUCUUUUUUAAUUUUUAUAUAUAGUUUGUAUUUUAGUUGGAUCGGAGAAAAAAGAAGGAAGAAAAUUAGAAAUAAUGGGGAGGAAAACAAUGACGUUGUUGGUGGCGGUGGCGGUGGUAUGGCUGGUGUUGGUGGCGGAUAAAUGCAGUGGGUUUGAAGAAGCAGUACAAGAUAUGAAGGACAAUGUGAAGCAAAUGGCGGAAGAUGCAAAGCUUGAUGAAAAAGCCGAAGCUGUCAAAUCUAAGGCUUCUGAAGUAUACACCGAUGCUAAGGACAAGGCUUCCUCCUGGUCCAACUGGGCUUACGACAAGAUUUCCGCGGGAUUGGGAUUGAGCGAAGAAUCGAAAGAGAAAGAGACAGCUCCUAACGCAGCAGAUAAAAAUUAACACAGCUGCUUCAGGUAAAUUACGCAUUAUUGUUUUAUCAUUAUCUCUAAAUCAAAAUGUUUGAAAAAUUAUAUAUAAUAUUUGAAAAAUAAUUCUACUUAUUUUGGAAGAAAUUGGGUUGGUAAUAUACAUUUUUUAAUGGCCAGAAUUGUUUUGCCUGUUAUAGUCUAAUCUUUGGACAUUUUCUCUCAAAUUGGGUGAAGUACUUCUAAAUUAGUUUAGUAACAUUUUUUU